AGCCAUUUUUGCACAGGAUCAAGGGUUGAGAGAAGCAACACUCAAAACUUCUUCUCGAGGAUGGUGGAGAACGUCUUCCUAGGCUUUGAUGCCGAGGCCGACACUUGCGAUGAGCUGGGAUGGCUCACUCGGCAGAAGUGCAACUUGGAGCUGGCGGAUGGCAUGAUUUUGCAGGGCUUCGCCUUUGGUGCGACCCAGUCGGUGUCUGGGGAGGUGGUCUUCAACACUGGCAUGGUGGGAUAUCCGGAAUCAAUCACAGACCCCUCAUAUGCAGGACAGAUCCUGGUCUUUACCUACCCGCUCGUGGGGAACUACGGCAUUCCCGAGAUGGAGCAGAAAGAUGAACUUGGACUGCCCAGAUGGUUCGAAAGCCACAAGAUCCAUUUGAAGGGCGUGGUGAUUCUGGAUUACUCCCAUGAGCCAUCCCACUACAGCUGCGUCCGCUCUCUUGGAGACUGGCUGUCAUCGCAAGGUAUCCCCGGCAUCUAUGGGGUGGACACACGUGCCAUCACGAAGGUGAUCCGUCAGCAUGGUUCGAUGUUGGGAAAGCUGGUGGUCGAGGGAAGCACGCCCUCAGCUGCAUUGGCCAUGGAUGAUCCGAAUCAGAGGAACUUGGUGGCAGAAGUCUCGAGGAAGGAGACGGAGGUCUUUGCGCCUGCACAGCGCCAUGGGAGACAAGUCCAUGUGCUGGCUGUAGACUGUGGGAUGAAGAACAACAUCAUCAGGUACCUCGUCAACAGGCUCGGGCUCCGUGUCACAGUGGUGCCCUGGGACUAUGAUUUCACCCAGGAGAACUUCGAUGGCUUGUUUCUGAGCAACGGUCCAGGAGACCCCACCAUGUGCGAGAAGACGGUGGAGCAUGUGCGCUAUGUGAUGAAACACCGUCCCAGUACGCCGAUCUUUGGCAUUUGCUUGGGCAAUCAGAUCCUGGCUUUGGCAGCUGGGGCCUCCACUUACAAGAUGAGGUUUGGUAAUCGUGGUAUGAACCAGCCGGUGGUGGAUCUGCGAACUCAGCGAUGUUAUAUCACUGCACAGAACCACGGCUUUGCAGUGGAUCAAACCACUCUGCCUAAGAAUUGGGUACCCCUCAUGGUGAAUGCCAAUGAUGGCACCAAUGAGGGUAUCAUUCAUUCUUCAAGACCUUGGUUCUCGGUGCAGUUUCAUCCAGAGGCGUGUGGAGGGCCCACAGAUACCGAUUUCCUCUUCGACCACUUCUUGCAGUUCAUUGCCGAGCCUUCCACCUCUGUGGUGACCACCAUGCCCUAUUCGCUGCCAACGAUUCAUCGCAAGGUCCUCGUACUGGGUUCGGGGGGGCUCACCAUUGGUCAGGCGGGUGAGUUUGACUAUUCUGGCAGCCAAGCGAUCAAGGCUUUGAAGGAAGCAGGUGUGAUGUCUAUCCUCAUCAAUCCGAACAUUGCUACCGUUCAGACAUCGGCCGGGAUGGCGGACCGCGUCUACUUCCUCCCGGUGACACCGGAGUUCGUGGUGAAGGUCAUUGAGCGCGAGCGCCCCGAUGGCCUUUUUGCAGCCUUCGGCGGCCAGACGGCAUUGAAUUGCGCAGUGAAGCUGCAUCAAUCUGGAGCCUUGGAAAAGUACAACGUCCAAGUUCUUGGAACUCAAAUCGAUGCUAUCAUGAAGACAGAAGACCGAGACCUCUUCAGCAAGGUUGUCGAGGCCUGUGGUGAAAAGAUCGCUGAGAGCUCCUGCUGUGGCUCUAUGGCAGAGGCCAUCAAGGCAGCACAGGAGAUUGGAUACCCCGUGCUGGUCCGAGCAGCCUAUGCUUUGGGAGGGCUUGGCAGUGGCUUUGCCUACAAUGACGAAGACUUGCGACAGCUGGUCAGCAUAGCGCUUGUGAAUAGUCCGCAGGUGAUCAUUGACAAGUCCUUGAAGGGUUGGAAGGAGCUCGAGUAUGAGGUUGUGCGUGACAAGAACGACAACUGCAUCACAGUGUGCAACAUGGAAAACUUUGACCCAGUCGGGGUCCACACUGGCGAGUCGAUAGUCAUCGCCCCGUCGCAAACCUUAAACAACGAGGAGUACUACAAAUUGCGCGAGUGUGCCUUGAAGAUCAUCCGCCACCUGGGCAUCGUUGGAGAGUGCAACAUCCAAUACGCCAUGGACCCGCACAGCUCCGAGUUCCGCAUCAUCGAGGUGAACGCCCGGCUGAGCCGCAGCAGUGCUUUGGCCUCCAAGGCCACGGGAUAUCCACUGGCCUAUGUGGCAGCCAAGCUGGCCUUGGGCCAUGAUCUGGUUCAACUGAGGAAUAGUGUCACUCGAUGUACCACGGCCUGCUUUGAACCCUCGCUGGACUACGUGGUGGCCAAGGUGCCCCGUUGGGACUUGCAGAAGUUCUCCACCGUGGAUGCACGCAUCGGCUCGGCCAUGCAGAGCGUAGGAGAAGUGAUGGCGAUUGGAAAGACCUUUGAGGAGACUAUCCAGAAGGCCUUGCGGAUGGUGGACGAAAGCAGCCUGGGCUUCGACCACUCUCGAUUUGACAUGGAGCUGAACCGCCGUGGCGUGAAGAUGAGCGAGCACGAACUCAAGAAGGAGCUGAGCAAUCCAACUCCAGCACGUAUGUGGGCCAUUGCCAAGGCCUUUGAAGAUGGCAUGGGUGUCGAGGACGUGCACGAAUUGACCCGCAUUGACCGUUGGUACCUUUGGAAGCUCCAUGGCCUUCACAGGAUCAAGAGCACCCUGAGGACUUUGAGCUUCUAUGACCUCCGUGGGCAGCCGUCCUUGUUGAAGGAGGCCAAGCUGCGAGGCUUCUCGGACCGGCAGAUCGCCUUAGCGCUGGGGCCCAGCGCUGACCACUUAGACGAGCUGGGCACCUCCCCAGCGCUGCUGCCGGUGGACCAUGGGAGCCAACGCUACGCAGGAGGCCCUGUGAUGGAGGGCCAUAUUCGACACCUUCGAAAGAAGCUGGGCAUUGUGCCGAUGGUCAAGCAGAUUGACACCUUGGCCGCGGAGUAUCCGGCAGAGACCAAUUAUUUGUACCUGACCUAUUCUGGCCAAGAGCAUGAUGUCGACCUGGUAGGUGGCGACAAGCAAUGUUCUGAGGUGCAGAUCAAGAACCUGAUUCCGGCCAUCCCAGAGCUUCUGACAUUGAAGUGCAAUGAGCCCAGCAAGCCGCGGGGCAAAGAUGAAGAAAAAGACUCUCGCAUCAUCGUCCUGGGCUGUGGGCCAUACCGCAUUGGCAGCAGUGUGGAGUUUGAUUGGUGCAGCGUGUCCUGUGUGCGCACUUUGAGGUCCUUGGGGCACAAAGCUAUUGUGAUCAACUGCAACCCUGAGACGGUGUCCACGGACUUCGACGAGUCGAAUCGUCUCUACUUCGAAGAGCUGAGCCAUGAGCGAGUGAUGGACAUUGCAGAGCUGGAGAGCCCCCGCGGAGUGGUGGUGUCCGUUGGUGGCCAGACCCCCAACAAUUUGGCCUUGGGCUUGCAUCGAAGCGGGGUUCGCAUCUUGGGGACUUCAGUGGAGGCCAUCGAUGCAUGUGAGGAUCGCAACAAGUUCAGCCAGCUCUGCGAUGCCUUGCGUGUGGACCAGCCGGAGUGGUCGGAAUUUGCCACUUUGGAGGAAGCCAGACGCUUCUGCACGAUGACCGGCUACCCUGUCUUGGUUCGUCCAUCAUAUGUGCUCAGCGGUGCAGCGAUGCGAGUGGUCUCGAAUGAUGAUGACUUGGAGAUCUUCUUGAAGACAGCUGCUGUGGUGAGCCGAGAUCACCCAGUGGUGAUUUCCAAGUACAUUUCAGGAGCAAAAGAGGUGGAGAUGGACGGCAUUGGCAAUGGUGGUGAGUUGGUGAAUUAUGCAAUUGCCGAGCACAUUGAGAAUGCCGGUGUGCACAGCGGCGAUGCGUCACUUUUGCUGCCUGCCCAGCGCCUCUUCGUAGAGACACACCGGCGAGUGAAGCGCAUUUCGCAGAAGCUGUGCAAGGCUUUGCGGAUCUCAGGUCCCUUCAACAUUCAGUUCAUUUGCAAGGACAAUGAGGUGAAGGUGAUUGAGUGCAAUUUGCGUGCUUCUCGCUCGAUGCCUUUCAUUUCUAAAACCUACAAUGUGAACUUCAUCGAGUUGGCCACGCGCAUCAUGACGGGACCGACGGGUGCGGGCCCGGUGCGGCCAGCGAUCAUCCAGCCGAUGGACCUGGACUAUGUGGCCUGCAAGUGUCCCAUGUUCUCCUUCGGCCGCCUCAAGAACUCCGAUCCAUGCUUAGGUGUGGAGAUGUCAUCCACCGGUGAGGUGGCAUGCUUUGGAACCAAUGUGCAUGAAGCCUUUCUGAAAGGCAUGUUGGCAGCCAACUUCAAGCUGCCCAAAAAGAACAUUGUCAUCUCCAUCGGGCCCCAGAGCGCUAAGAAUGAGUUCGUCAGCAGCGGCGCUGCGAAACAACUGCAGGACAUGGGCUUCAGCCUCUUCGCGACGAAGAGCACACAUGAGUGCCUCUCGGAGGGCGGCGUUGCUUGCAGCUUCGUCUACAAGCCCUUGAUCAAGCGUGAGCCCAACGUGUUGACUUUGCUUCAAGGUGGCAAGAUCGACUUGGUGAUCAAUGUGCCCGACUCCAUGGAUUCCAGUGGCAUGACGGAUGGCUUCAAGCUGCGGCGCGGUACCAUCGACGCGGGUGUUUCGCUGAUCACCGACAUCAAGACUGCCAUUUUUACCUCCGCGGCCAUGCAUAAGAAGUGGGUGAGGGAGAGCAAGGGCAAAUCCUUCUGGGAUGUGUCCUCAUGGCAAGAGUACGUUGAGAUUGUUGAGAGGCUCAGCUGAGAGGUUUCGUGUUGCGUCCAUGAUGUUGGCAUGCAUGGAUUAUUUUGGGAUGUUGAUCUUGGAGAGAUCCUCAACCUUAAUGCCUGUUUUGGCGGGAGGAAGCUUGGACCUGUGUUCAAGCUCCCGCAGCUUUAGUUGCUUUUGCAUUUUGGGCACGAAUGCAUAGGCAGUAGCAACGACAAGAAGUGUUGGCAUUGGC